GAGCGGGCCGGAGAGUGGCGGAGGCCGGCGGGCGGCGCGCGGCCGCGGGACAUGACUGCCGGCCGCCAGGCCGAGGGCGCGGACGCGGAUCCCGCGCCCGCGCGGGGGCCUUCCCGGGUGGCCAAACUGCUGUCGGCGCUCUUUUACGGGGCCUGCUCCUUCCUCAUCGUGCUGGUCAACAAGGCGCUGCUGACCACCUACCGUUUCCCAUCACCAAUUUUUCUUGGAAUUGGACAGAUGGCAGCUACCAUAAUGAUACUGUAUGUGUCCAAACUAAAUAAAAUAAUUCACUUCCCUGAUUUUGACAAGAAAAUUCCCGUGAAGCUGUUUCCUCUGCCUCUCCUCUAUGUUGGAAACCACAUAAGUGGAUUAUCAAGCACAAGUAAAUUAAGUUUGCCGAUGUUCACCGUGCUCAGGAAAUUUACCAUUCCACUUACUUUACUCCUGGAAACCAUCAUACUUGGGAAACACUAUUCCUUGAACAUCAUCGUCAGUGUUUUUACCAUCAUACUUGGCGCUUUCAUAGCAGCUGGUUCUGACCUUGCCUUUAACUUGGAAGGCUAUAUUUUUGUAUUCCUGAAUGAUAUCUUCACAGCAGCAAAUGGAGUUUAUACCAAACAGAAAAUGGACCCAAAGGAGUUAGGCAAAUAUGGAGUGCUUUUCUACAAUGCCUGCUUCAUGAUUAUACCAACUCUUAUCAUCAGUGUCUCUACUGGAGACCUUCAGCAGGCUACUGAAUUCAAUGAAUGGAAGAAUGUUCUAUUUAUCAUACAGUUUCUUCUUUCCUGUUUUUUGGGGUUUCUGUUGAUGUACUCCACAGUUUUGUGCAGCUAUUACAAUUCAGCCCUCACUACGGCAGUGGUUGGAGCCAUCAAGAAUGUAUCCAUUGCCUACAUUGGGAUGUUAGUUGGUGGAGACUACAUUUUCUCUGUGUUAAACUUUGUAGGGUUAAAUAUUUGCAUGGCAGGGGGCUUGAGAUACUCGUUUUUAACUCUGAGCAGCCAGUUAAACCCUAAACAAUCUGUGGACGAAGAAAGCAUCCCUCUGGAUUUAAAGAGUUAGGAUCUGGGGCAGAAUCGCAGCCUGGCUUACAAACUGGGAACAUGCAGCGGCAUUCCCACAUGUAGGAAUGUGGAUCCCGAUGUUCUGGUCAUGGGCAACACUCACCCCCCUGCUUAAAGCACCACAGGAACGUCUGCAAAAUGCAGAGAGAAUCUACCUCACGUGCUGCUGCACGGUGAGCCCUCAUCAGCCCUGAGAAAUGUAUUUGGGCAGAGCUUUACCAUCUGAAAGUGAAUCUUUCACAGUAACCAUUGGUUAAAGGUAUUAUUUCCAAAGGUCUUGCACAGGCAGAGCACUGAACGGUUGGUGACCCAUCCAAAUAUCUGUGCUGCUGUUUGCCAGUACCAUGUGUGCUAAGAGGAGGGGAAAGGUCGAUGGUGUGAUUAUUAUCAGCACGUUGGCCUUAAUUUCAAAGGUCCCAGCCAAAGCAAAGUGCCAGUGAGAGCAUUUUUUUUUUUUUCAGUUUAAGCAGACUUGUCUUUAUUUUAAUAAAGUUAGCCAGUUAGCUCCAAGUUAUUUGUUAGCUCUGAUUUCAUUUUAUAUAUUGGUAUCUUUUCCCAGUCAUCAAAGUAAAAUAAAAAAUAA